UGGAUGGUUCUCCAGGGACUAAAGUCUGUCUCAUACCUCACAGAGAGUAGAUACCAGCAAAAAUAAACGACAACAGUUUUACAUCUUUCCGCUGCAGAAAAGUGUCUAAAAAUGACCUGAGGUCAACGAGAACAGUACAGAAAGGACUGUUGCGGUUUCAGGCUUUCUUUUUUACUGAGAAGAAAUGGCAGAUUUUCCUGGUAAGGUCAGCACUCAGACGAGCUCUCAAGAACCUCAAAGAAGUUAUGGAAUCCCAUCGAGUGUUGACAUCGACUUCAUUAAGGGCAUUCCUGGUAUUCUUCUUUUGGCUGAGAUUGUUGUUGGAUUACUGGUUUGGGCACUGAUCGCCAGUACUCCACUCUCCUCUGCAUCUGCUUAUGUCUGGGUCAUGCUUGUCAGCGUGACUCUGUGGCUUUUGAGCAUCGCCCUGUUGGUUGUACUAUUGCUGAGGUUUCAUCAGAGUCUACCCUCAAUACCCUGGCCUUUGGUGCUCAUGGUGUUUUACUCAGUCGCAGCUGUUCUAUAUCUAACUGCCUUUUUGGCUAAUGCUGCAUCCGUUCCAUGGCUUUACCGUGGUUAUCUGGGAACUUCUGCAUUCUUUGCCAUAGUGGUGACCCUGUUAUAUGCAGCUAGCAGCUACUUUGCCUAUUUGGGCUGGAGGGGUGAAGGGCAAAACGCAGCGGGAAGUACAGUGCCUGUGUAGACCAUCCUCUGAUUAACACUGUCAUACUCCGUGUGAGGACACUUACUAGAGGAUAAUACUCGGAUGAUUUGGUAUUGCUGAAAAUCCUCUUCAGGAACGUCCGACAACCCUUCAGAAUAACGGUGGCCAGCAUAAUUGCAAGAUGGUUUGUAAGAUGGACAUUGUGUGUAGUGAGAGUCACCACCUGCACGUGCAGCAUGUUUGGAGUCCAUAAGUUUUUUUGUUUUAUUCAACACGGCGGUAUUGGUUAAAAGUGACGACAUUUAUAAUGUAACAAACAAUUCUAUUUUAAAUAAAUGCUGUUCUUUUGAAUUUUCUGUUAAUCAAAGAAACCUGAAAAACAAAUACAACCAUGUACAGCCAUCACAGGUAUUACAUCCUGUUUUAGUUGUUUUAAAUGUUUUUUUCCCCCCGCGAGAUUACUGUUUUUGUUGUAUUUUUGACCAAACAUCCAUGGUUGAGCAUUGUAGAAUCCUUCAAAAACUUUAAAAAAAAAAAUCUUACCAACCUAAGCACAAAUAUGUUCUUGCAAUAUUGUACAGUUAUGCUCGAGAACGAAAUUGAUUCAUUGUUUUGAUGAAAUAUGAUUAAAGAAAAAUUGUAUUUAUUUCUUCUCGGGCUCAAAUAUUUCUAUAUAUACAAAUAAACAAAUAUACACAAUUACACAACAUUCAUCUAGUAGGAACAACACAUUGUAUGUAAACAAGGGAGCAAAAAAGAUGAAAUUUGCACUGUAUACAUCAACAAAAUAUAUUAUUUUAAAAAGCUCACUUUCACAAUAUAUGAGAUAAAUCCAAAACAUGGACUCAACAUCACAUUAAAAAGCAUGGAACACCUACGAGUUUAUUUGCAUUGUUUCUGGUAAUUGUAUAAACAUAUAUUUUUUUUAAUAAUGUAAUAUUUCACCUGGGGAAACUUCAAGCCUUGUGAAUGUUAAAAAGGGGUUUUCAGAAAUGUUGUCAUAUUAGGCACAUUGUAUAAUUCUUUUUUAAUGAAAAGCCCUUUUUGAUUGUCAAGUGAAAGGAAUUAUUUUGGUAUCUAAUGAUAUAUAAAAUGGAGGGGUUCUUGUGUGAAAGUAUGCAAUGGCAGCUUUGAGAUGUUGAGGCUCAUUAAAAAUUUCUACAUCAA